AUGUCGGAUAAUCUGGACAUGUUGGAUCCCGAUGACUACAUCUUCGGUGUUGUCCACCUGCCACCAGGUCGGAGCGCUGAGUCUCUUCUUGGUCCCUCCAUGGAACCGGUGCUUCGGUGGUUCUUUAAGAAGCUAAGCAAGCAGCCCUCAAAACCACUGCGCAGACGUCUCCCCAGCGUCAACGGCGAGGAGGAUCCCACGGCCGAUGGCCUGGAGCUCACCUCCGAGGGCGCCUCGUCUCAGGGCCGACUGCCGUUUGUCGGCCCCUACUCCAAAGGGGGCUACUGCCUGCGACAAUUCAAUACCUACCGUUUGCAGAUUCGUCCCACCAAAAAGUGUGUUGUUGUUGUUGUUGUUUAUUUGCAAUUUUUUCGUUUCUCUCAUUGCGUUAGCCCUCCCAGAGGCGCCAGCCUCGGUGGUAGGCAGACGUUUCGAGUCGGCGAGGUCCCCCAAUCCGACGACGUCUCUCCGACAUCCCAAGGUGACACCGUAGAAAUGCGUGUUCCCACCAAAAAACGCCAUCGGCACGGCGCAGCCACUGACGCGGCACUCUCCUCGUCGGAUGUUGAUUCUGGGCCCAUAUCUUCCCAUAAAAAAUCGAGGAAGCUGGAAAAACCGGAGCAGGCUUAA